AUUCUGUAACAUCCCUUUGCAUUAUUGGUGUUUGACCCUUCUUCCCCACCAUGUUUUGCCCUUCUCCUGAACUACUGCUGCUGCUCUGUGCCUAACCUCUGUGUGUGAGCAGGAUGUUUGAAGCCCAGAUAGGGAGCUAUCAAGGCGAGGAUCCCCUCGAUCCCUGGGACAGGUAUUUGCAGUGGGUGGAAGGUGCUUUCCCAUAUCAGGAUGGACAGGAACGCUUGUCUGCUUCAUUAGAACAACUCGUAAAAGCCUUUAUCAGUGAGAAGAGAUACCACCAGGAUCUGAGAUUUGUUAAAUACUGCAUUAAACUAGCAGAAUUCAUCACUGCUCCUAGUCAAUUUUUUGAUUAUAUCUACAGCCAAGGAGUUGGUACUCGAAUAUCUGCUUUGUACGUUGCUUGGGCUCAACAGCUUGAAACUGAAGGGAAUAUACAACAUGCUGGUGCCGUUCUUCAAAAGGGUAUUGAUAACCAGGCAGAACCAAUGGAAAAUCUGCAGGAACAAUACAGACUGUUCCAGUGUCGUAUCCCUCAAAGUCAUCCAUUGAUGCAAGUUGCUGCCUCAAAACAACUUCACAAUUUCCAGAUUCCAAAUCCAGUGGAGCCUAGAAAAGAUGUCUCCGAAUCUGGUGACCCAGCAUGUCUCUCCAAAAGCCAGGAUCCAAUGCUUUCUGCAGCUCAGUCAUCUCAGAAUGAAGCAGGAAAAGUAGAGUAUCUUACAUACAUUUCCAAGUCAGCAGUUAUUCCAAAGCCAUCUUCAACCUCCAGUGAAUUUGAGCAAGUGGCAAUGUACAAUAGAAAUAUGCUCAUAUGUGAAGGCUCAGAGCUUUCUUUUGAGGAAGUGAGAGCGAAGAUUGUUUACAGAAAACAAGAAAGAUUGAGACGACAAAAAGAAUGGGAAAAAGAAGAGUGGGACUAUGCAAAGAGAAAAGAAUCUGCCAUCCUUGAAAUGCAACUUUUGCAGCAGAAGCUAGAACAGCUGAGUCACCUGGCCAAAGGCUUUCCAGAAACUAAGCUGGAAGAGGCAUCCAUGCUACAGUUUGUUCCAGAUAGAACAAUGGUUGAGCCAUGUGUGAAACCAAAUACUGCUCUACAGCCAGCGUGUACAGCACCGUCUCAGACGACAAAUCUGCAAACCUCAUGGUGCCUAAGGCCAUUCCAGCUGCAAUCAAGGGCUGUAGCAAGUACUUCAACAGCAGGUACUUUUGUACCACGGCCUGUUGAAGCUGCUAACCACCUGUCUGUGUCAGCCUCACUAUCGAUGGCAGCGUAUGAAAAGGACACAGGCGAAGCUAAACUAGAUCUUGGAGAACUCCGGAACAGUCUAUUACAACUUGAGCUCAAGAGUGGUGAUGCUGUGUCUCAGCCUAGUCAGGAACAUUCCACCUGCAGUUAUGGCCGCUCCAUUGGACAGCAGCACACAAAUGUGAGCACUCCUGGUCUCAAAUUAGAUCCAUGCACAGAGAUGAAAGAAGCAUCUAGAGUUGGAAAUGCUUCUAUCAGCUUUGGAAGUGCCACACCAAACACCUCACUGGGAGGAGUGAUGCAGGCAACUCCAUUCAAAGUGCAGCCUUCACCCACCGUUCAUACUAAAGAAGCACUGGGAUUUUUAAUGGAUGUAUUUCAGACACCUAUCCUGCCUGAAAUGUCUUCUCUUCAAGAAAAUGAGAAAUUUGAGGCCAAUUGUAGAAAAAGCGAACCUGGUAAAAGCAUGAAAACUAAUGAAACCACUGCUCCUGUUGAACCUGCUUUUUCCAUUUUUGAAGAUGGGAACGAGAAAGAAAACAGGUUUCCAGAGCAAAAAACCAAGCUUGCUCAGGUCAGAGCCUUUGGAGAACAGCCCUUGUUCAGGCGUGAUGAGCGAUCAAAAGAAGGAACUCGGGCAGCAGAGCUCAUGAUGGAUGACUACACAGUGUGGGCUCGGCACUGUAAUAAUAAAACAUUGGCGCCCAGUCCCAACAGCACAAGAGAUUUUGCCCGUGCUACACACCUUGCUUCAACCCCAUUUAACUACCUGCCGGCGCGUUCAUGGCAAGCCACAGAGGAGAAAGAAAAUGCAGUCCACGGCAGUGAUGGUAUGAUGGUUCUAGAUUCUUCUGAGGAGCAGUACAUGCAGGCAGCCAAAACCAGGAAGCUAAGCCCAGUUUUGGAGCAGAGCCCAGAACAAGGAGAACUGCCAGGAAAUGUUCCCUCUGCAGCUGCUUCUCUACUGUUAAACCAGCAACUAGCUACUCAGAAGGCUGUGUUGGAGACUUCGCAAGCAGUCAGGGAGUAUUCAGAGGAUGAAAUGGUGCUAACUGCGUGUAGAGAGUCAGUCAGUGCUCCGCAGAUUCUCCUGUGUGCAGAGAACAGGACUCACCCGAAUGUUAAAGCUCAAGGUAGUAAGGGUCAACAGUACCAUUCCUCUAUUAAAGCUGUGAUUUUUGAAAACCCUUGGGACGAGGGCUUAAUUCACAAACUUCUAUCAAGGCUACCUAAACCACUGAGUACCUACUCCAAUACUUUUGAAUGGAAAUCCAGUCUUCCUCCUAUCAAACUGAAGACUGAACUUAUACUGGGUCCUAAAUCGUUCCAUGUGGACUGUUUACUUGGAGAAGGGGCUUUUGCACAUGUCUAUCAGGCUUCUGUCCUGGACACACACAACCCUAAAAAUAACCAGAAAGUAAUAUUAAAGGUGCAGAAGCCUGCAAACCCUUGGGAGUUCUACAUUGCAUCUCAGCUGAUGGAGAGGCUGAAGCAAAGUGUGCGGCAUCUUUACAUCCAGUUUUAUUCUGCUCACUUCUUCCAAAACGGAAGCAUAUUAGUUGGUGAGCUGUACAGCUAUGGAACUUUACUGAAUACCAUAAAUAUUUAUAAAAAGCUUCCUGAAAAAGUGAUGCCUCAAGCACUAGUAAUCUAUUUUGCUGUUAAAAUUCUGCACAUGGUGGAAGAGCUCCACAACUGUAGAAUCAUUCAUGGUGACGUUAAACCUGAUAACUUCAUCCUUGGAGAACGGCUUUUGGAUAAUGACACCUGUGACAUAGACAGUCUGUCUCAUGGCCUCACAGUUAUUGACUUGGGUCAAAGUAUAGACCUGAAACUCUUUCCUGAAGGAACUGCGUUUGCAGGAAAGUGCGAGACGUCUGGAUUUCAGUGUAUCGAAAUGCUGACGCAGAAACCAUGGAACUACCAGACGGAUUACUUUGGAAUCGCUGGGACAGUGUACUGCAUGCUCUUCGGCACCUACAUGAGAGUAAAAAAUGAAGGCGGGCUCUGGAAACCUGAGGGGGUCUUCAGAAGGAUUCCAAAUGCGGAAUUGUGGAAUGAGUUCUUCUGCAGCCUCCUGAAUAUACCAGACUGCCAUCACCUUCCAUCUUUGGAAGCUUUGCGCAAAAAGCUACGAGACUUGUUCCAAAAGUCAUACGCUAAGGAAAUAAAGUUCCUCUGCAACAGGCUUGUGAUUUUGCUCAUGGAAAACAAACGUUCACGAAAGUAACCCUUGAAUUUAAAGACUUCUGUUUCUCUUAAUAUAGAAAGAAGCUUUGUACGUAUACUUUUUAAAUGUCAUGUCUUGUCUAUUCUUUGCUAUUGAUCUUUGAGUAAACUUUAUCCUGGACGACUUGAA